AUGACAGAAGUUAAGAGAGAAGUGUUUGGGCAGAUGCCCCAGGAGGAAGGAGGAGAAGUGGUGGAAAAGUUUGUGUUAAAGUCAGACAGUGUGAAAGUGGAGAUCCUGUCCUUAGGGUGCAUAAUCGCUGCUCUGGAGACAAAAGGCAGGGAUGGGAAGUUUUCAGAUGUUGUCCUAGGCUUUGACACUCUGGAAGGUUACACAAGGAAGCACCCCUUCUUCGGUGCCGUCGUGGGGCGUGUUGCCAACAGAAUUGCGAAGGGGAGGUUCAGCGUGGACGGGAAGGAGUAUCAGCUGUUCCUCAACAAUGGGCCCAACAGCCUGCACGGAGGAGCCAAGGGAUUUGACAAG